UCCUGCGCCAGGAGGGGGAAGCAGCAAAUCCCCCUUACACGAACAGAGCUCGGAAGGGAUAAAAACGAAGCUCAGAUGCCGGGAGGGAGGGGACGCGCCCAGCACCGCCCCAGCAGCCUCCUGCCGACUCCAUAGGGCCGGAUUCCACCGCCGGGGUGCCAGAGAAACGAGGCGAAACUCCCUAAAAGUGCCGCGGCGAGCCGCCAGCCCUUCCCCACAGCGGGCAGGGCGAGAAGAUGGCGGCCGCGCCCCCCUCAGGAGCCCUCUCCUCAGAGGACGGCGGCGGGUGCUGGCAGCGGUGAGGAGGACGCGAGGCGGAGCCCUGUCCCUGUCCUUGUCCCUGUCCCCGGGCACAGCCUGCAGGGGGAGAUGCAGCCUCGGCUCCGGCGUCCUGCCACCUGGCUCCUGCUGGGCCCCCGCGGAAGAGAGUGCUUCUCCAUCACCGGAACUCUCUACUAGAUCAGGUCCUACCUCAGAGAGAAACUCAGAAGAAACAGAGAAGAGGAGACUGAAUGAAAUCCUCACGAUCAUUACAUGCUUGUUCAAUAAUAGCACACCCCAGUCACGUCUCCUCGCAAGCACAUUUCGUUGGAAUCGCUGAGCAGAAGCAAAGAGGAGCUGACGACUAUGUGUUUCCAACGCGGGUUGCCGGCACCCUGUGUUUGCCAUUGGCUGCAGUCUUCUGGUUUAUUUGCAGCUUCCCCCAUCUGGAAUAUGAAAAUGGGAUUGAAGUAGAUAAUUGCUAGCAGCGGGUUUUAGAGAGAGGCUUAGAGGGAGCAGAAUGCCUCUUGCACAGCACAGCCUGCCUGCGCUGGAAGAGCUCUGAGAGAUGAUUUUAGAUGUUCCCCACGUCUGAAUCUCCUGGAAACUUUACCGUGGAAGAGAGCCAUUGCGCACAAUCCUGGAGCUCACAUCCAAAAGGGGCAAGGAAGGGGCAGCAGGGCCGAACAAUGGGAUACCUUGUCCUUGGAUUGCUCAGAGAAAAGCCAGCAAACGCUCCCCUUGACUUCCCAGCAAAAAGGGCGUGAAGGGGACAAUGAACUGAAUUUUUCCCGGCGCAGCUGCAGUAGCCUUUCAGAAGGAUGGGAUACACUGACCCUUCGUCAAGCAGGGAUUUGCUGGGAAACAGAACUUUGUUCUUCAUAUUCAUCUGCGCCUUUGCCGUGGUCACCCUGCUGCAGCAGAUCCUCUACGGGAGAAACUAUCUCAAAAGAGGGCUGCAGUUUAGCUGGCAGAAUGGAGAGGAAUUGGCAAAUUGGACCGGCACCUUUAAUUUCACGGAUGACGGAGCAGUGAAGAGUGGCAGUGACACAGGCACCAGGUAUUUUGAGUUUUAUGAAGGGCCUUUGGAAUACAACUCCACCAAAUGCCUGGAAUUACGACAGGACAUCAUUGAGGUGAAGGUUUUGUCUAUGGUGAAACAAACUGAAUUGUUUGAUAGGUGGAAGAGCCUACAGAUGUGCAAAUGGGAGAUGAAUGUCACAGAAGCUAAUCUAUUCAAGUCUACUUUGUCGAGGUGUUGCAAUGCCCCUGCCUUUCUGUUCACCACCCAGAAGAAUACUCCCUUGGGAACUAAACUGAAAUACGAAGUGGAUACUAGUGGAAUCUUCCAUAUCAACCAAGAAAUCUUCAAAAUGUUUCCAAAGGAUAUGCCAUACCACCGCUCCCAGUUUAAGAAAUGUGCAGUGGUUGGGAAUGGAGGAAUUCUGAAGAACAGCAGAUGUGGCCGAGAGAUUGACAGUGCAGACUUCGUGUUUCGAUGCAAUUUGCCUCCUAUAUCUGAGAAAUACUACACAGACGUUGGGGUAAAGACGGACGUCGUGACGGUCAAUCCCAGUAUAAUUACAGAGAGAUUUCAUAAACUGGAGAAAUGGAGGAAACCUUUCUAUGAUGUGCUUCAGGUCUACGAAAACGCCUCUGUGCUGCUGCCGGCUUUCUACAACACCCGCAACACGGAUGUCUCAAUCCGGGUCAAAUACGUCCUAGAUGAUUUUGAAUCUCAGCAAGCUGUUUACUAUUUUCAUCCCCAGUAUCUCAUCAAUGUCUCACGCUACUGGCUUGGCCAAGGGGUGCGGGCCAAGCGAAUUAGCACGGGACUGAUCCUGGUGACUGCUGCCCUGGAGCUCUGUGAAGAGGUCCACCUCUUUGGCUUUUGGGCCUUCCCCAUGAACCCCUCAGGGAUUUUUAUAACUCACCACUACUAUGACAAUGUGAAACCUCGCCCUGGUUUUCAUGCUAUGCCUUCAGAAAUCUUCAACUUCCUUCACAUGCAUAGCAAGGGGAUCCUGCGGGUUCAUACAGGGACCUGUAGCUGCUGUUGACAAAGACGCUGCUUCGUCUGAUGCAACAGUGCAACCUGUGUACGGUGUAGGAGGUUUUAUUGCACCCUGAGAUUAUGCAAUAAUUGUUUGAUAUAAAUUUCCUCAAGGCAUUGCAUCCCAUAGGAUCUAGGAUACCAGCAUCCUUCCUGCUAGCAGAGUUGGGUCCGUAACAGUGUGGGUGAAGCAGAACUCCUCUGCCCCAGGGUAUGCGCUACCCUGGAAAGCAAGUUGGAUAAGAAGCACAUUUCCAAUAGGUUUAGAGAUAUAACAGAGCACAUAAAUGUAGUUACCAUUUCACUAUGAAAAAAAGCACCAAACUUUUAAGGAGAAUUGGUGGUGGAGAAUUUUAGCAUACUGUAUGACUUUACAUAGGUUUCUGAGUCAAGUACCGUGGGGCAUUGCCAGAUUUUAUUGAAAGCACUGUUCUCUGGCAUUUGGGUUUUUGAAAAUAUUCUUUAGCAUUAUAGUUUUAAGGGCAAUUGUAUAACUUGAGGUCUUUGUUCUGUAAUGUCACAAAAUAUUGGUGAAAAAUAGCAGAUAGAUUUGAUAGGAACAAACAAGGUCACUUUAUGAAAUUAUUCAGCUGGGAUAGAAGAGAAUGUUAAGCUCCCAUUCUCUGCAACAGGUAACCAUGUUGAUCAUGAUGUCUAAUUGUUUUAGAGCUUCUUUCUUCUUCUUUCCUGUGUCUUACAUUUCUGGUCUUCUCUGCUGAUAACGUUUUCUUUCUCAUGGUUCCUAAUGCUUUCCUUCUUGCUAACGUAUGUGUGCACUUCCUCCUACAGUGGCCAUCUCAGCUUCAAUUUGAAGUCUUUACUGAAGAAAUAUGAUUCUUCACACUUCUGCAACCUUUUCUUGGGCUAAAUAACAAGGAGAUUAUGCUGGUUAGAUGUUCUGGGUUGAUUUUUGGUUGAAAUAUCACAGCAUUGGAUAGAAAAAGCAUUUCCUCUUCAAAUUUGUUAAAGACUUGGUGAGAGUAUCUGAUGUUGAUCUGCUGUUGUGCAGGUUGAGUUAAAUAUUUUCAGGUAUCUGUGAUAAGUACUUGCAGGAAAUGAAGUUAAAAGGCAGAGAAGAUACUUCGUGGCUUGGAGUAUGAUGCUUAUUUUAAAAUUAUGCAUUUCAAGACCUUAGAUCUUUGGCAUAGACCUAUGCCAAAUAAAUAUGGCAUUUAUUUGUGUUGAGAAUGUUACUAGGAUGAUUAAAGGGCUGGUGUAUUCUUUAAAAGGUUACCAACGUAACUCAGUUAUGUCAAGCUUGAUUUUCCACCUGAUACAGUUAAACAGACAAAAUCCUGACUCAGAAGAGAUGCCACAUGCUGCCAGAGUUUAUUUUGGCUGCUGAAGCAUGGUGUAGUAGGCUGCUGGCAUAUGCCCUUUGAUACCGGAAUAACUACGUACACAGGAUUGUGAGGUUUGCUGUAUCAGCUGAGCUGGCAUAGUUAAAAUGAGCAGAGUUUCCUCGUGUAAGUUGUUCUUCUGAAGCACUUGGGCUGUUGUCCAGUGCCUUGUCAUGUCAUAUUUAGGUUACAAGGAUUUGGGGUUUAAAGUGCUCAUCCUCUGUGAGGGAUACUUUGCUGUUUUGGGAGGGUGUUUGAGUCCAAAUAGGACUUGGAUUUUGAUUUUGUAAUGCAUGAAUGCACAAAGCUUCUUUUAAAAGCCUCUGUGCUAUGCUGAGAGCUGUGAAAGUUGCUCACACUAUAGAUAAAGUGAUCUAAAAGGAAGUGAAGCACAAUGGUCACUGUUUCAAAAGUCCCUGCUGACCAGCAGUGGCUGGGAUGGUAUGCAAGAGUCUGUAUUUCUUUUACACUAGACUCCAGAGGUCUGAUUACUUUAAAAGCAAGCCAUGUUUUUGUAAAAGAGUCAGGGCUCACUUGGGAAAUACCAGCCAGGAGAAGGUGAAGGGCCUGUGCUUAAGCUUUAUGUAUUUGUGUUGUGCUUUUGGUCUUGUGUCGCGUGUUGGUGAGCACCACCUCGUAUCAGCUAGCUGUGAGGUGUGCAGUACACUGAGGAUGCACUUGUAGAUGAAAUGGUUUCCUUGAUUUAAUAUGCAAAAGAGAUCUUUGUCUUUGGUGUGUUUUGUAAAUUAAUGUGAAAAGGGCUUUGAUAAUGAAGUGCUGUAACAGAAGUGCUAUGUAGAGAGCAAUGUGACCUGUAGGUUGGCCAUUUUGCUGUUUAUUAAGCUUUAUGAUAACAGGAAAGAUGCUGAAGCUGGUACGUAGAUCCCUUACUUCUUACUCUUCCUGGGUAAGGGUCUGGUAGUGUCUUCAGUAUUGCUUUGCUGCUGCUGCUUUGCUAAGGAUAAGUUCUUUGGUAAGGGUUUUUCGUCACUAUGUUGAUUGAAGCGAACAAAAGCAACUGGAAGGAGUCUGAUCUGUUGAAAGAGAUAGUUCAAAAAGAAGGGAAGACACUUGAGGCAUUGGUAUGUUGGAAAAUAGCAGUGCAAAUCCCUGAUUAGUUGCAAAAAUCCUUUUGGACUUUUUGGAUAGGGAAAAGGAUAAGCAAAACUGUAAUUAUGGCUAUCCUGUAAUUACAGGGACACAGACAAUUCCUUUCUUUGUUUGCUUCAUAUACAUGAGCAAUGUAAAUUCACCUAGGCGAUACUGUAAAAAGUGCAGUUUUACUCUGUUUAGAUUUUGAUGGGUUACAAGUCUAUAAGUACUAUAUUUUUUUAAUGACGUUAAAAAUGUCUGUGCAAGAUACUUGCACAUGUGCACCAAAGGCCCAAUCGUGCAACAUUUAUCUGAAAAGAGCUCCCGUUCAAGUGGAUGGGUAUUUUAUUUGUGUAGGGACUGCAGAAACAGGCCCAGACAUGCCUGUGAUGGUGUACAUAGGUGUAUAGUUAGAUGUAGGGAGCGAUUAGCAAGCCAGAAAGAUACUUAAAGAAAUACAUAUAAAAUAUGAAGUGCAUGUUGUGGCGUGUUUACUUUCUGAUUCGCUUUUCAGGUGUUGCUCAAAAACUGGUUGAAAAACGACGGCAUUUUUGUCAGAAAUGCUGUAUGCGGAAGCUUUCAGGUUUUUCUUGGCCUCCUUGCCUCGCAGUGGGCACUGCAAGCUCAGAUCUCAGCUGUCCUGUGUGCAGGAGCGGGGGCUGAGGAUGGAAGUAGUGCCCGGGAGGUUUCAGCUGUGCAGAGGUCGCUCCCUGUGCAACGUCACCAUGGGGUUGCUGAGCCAGCAUUGAACAGCCUGAGCUUCUGCCCGUCCUGCUGAAACGGACGACGAGAAGGGCUGUUGCAGAAAGAAGGACCGUCCUUAUUUUCUGCCAUUAGUAGUUUUUUGUUUGUUUGUUUGUUUGUUUUUGAUGUCAGUAAUUUAUCUGAGUUUGAGGCUAUUUUGUUUCCUUCCUCCCAUAUGGUCAAAGCUCCAAAUGUUCAAUCUCAACCCUUUUUUUCCAAAGAUCCUGUUCAAAAGCCUGUGCUCUUAGUCAUAUGGUCUGAGUUUUUGGGUAGAUCUGUGUGGAGACAGGAGCUGGACUUGACGAUCCUUAAGGGAAUCAAUCCCCCAGUGCAAAAAUCUGAUCUGUCCAAGAAGAAACGCUGUCAGCUCUCUAGUAUCUCAUCCUGAGCUCAGGCUGUAAUCCUGGCUCUGGUGAGAAUAUGAGAUCUGAGUCAGGGAGAGAGAAAAUUACAAGAUUAUGGUUUAAUCAACGACUCCGGGUAGUAUUUAUGAGAAUCUCUUAAGAAGCUCCUGAGAUCUUCAUACACUGGCAAUGCAAAUUCAGUCAGGAAAACAUAGCUAGGCCCGCUUCUCCUUGACUGUCAGGUCGGCAGAGGAGGCUUAUGAACCCGCCAGUGCUUUCAUCAGAGGGAAGGAAGUAUUUAGUCAAAGUAGUUCAGCUGCUUGCUUUUGAUUUAUGGACUCCAGCUUUGCUGUUGGACAGAACAGAUUAAAUAGUCAGAGGUCCAUUAUAAUAUUUUAGCGUAUUUCCUGUGAUUGCAAUGGAGUCCUCAAAGCUAGUUCAGGAAUUGCAAAGGGGGAGCAAUGCCAUGGUGGCUUCUUCUGCUGGGACUUCUGGGAAGAGGGCCUCCACGGCGAGUAGGUCUGUGAUCACCUGGAAAAGCCACAUAAAGGGAAUCAGGGAGAUGGCAAGCACAGCUCUGGUCCGAGCCUUUAGUGCUGUGGAGUAACACCACAGAGGUGACACACGGAGCUUCACAGCUCGCGAUGGCGAGGAGCAGCAACCCCAGUCC